AUGACUUCCCCCAGACUCAUUCCCCUGUGGAAGGAUUUUAAAUACCUUAUAAAUGACAUGAUACAUAAAAGCAAGCAAACUUUAGAUGACCCAAAGACUGAUGUAGUUGUGUUGAGUGACCGGUCCCAGAUCCUGUUCAAAGAGUCUCGCCAUCCUCAAAAUAUGCCACUUAUAUGCUAUUACUUCAGUGAUGCCCACUUCUUUGCUUCCCUCUCGUGGGUGACAACAAGCACAAAAGAAAUACAGGCUGUGGUAUGGAUGAAGAGCAAAACUGAGGACAUGGUGGAGAAGAGAACAUUCUCCAUGACCGAACGACUGCCGCCCAUCCAGUCCAUGGUUCACACAGGUUCCUUUCAUAUCCUCGUGGUCUACUGUGGUGACCUGCUCCUACGGCUCUUUGGGGACCACUUUCAGUCAUUCAAACCCCUGGGUAUAGUGCCCUGCCGCUUUAACAUCAGCUGCCUCUGCUAUGACCCAGAAAUGAAGAUGCUUCUGUCGGGAAUCCUGGGGGCAGUGGUCACCUGGAUCAUGGAGCGGAGUGGCAAGGGUCUCCAAAUAGCCCACGUGGUUUCCAUGCCUGGUGAUGAGCUUGUCCACAACAUCAUGUUGAACGGCCCCAAUGGCUCCCUUGUAGCCCUGUGUGAGACUGUGGUGAGGGUCCUAGAGCGCCAGGGCCAUGGCCGGCUGGCAGAGGUGAAGAGGUUCCCUUCCACCACCAGUGGCUCCUCAAUCACCUGCUGCUUCACCUGUUUUGAGCAGGGCUUUCUCUAUGCAGGAAACAGGACUGGGGAAAUCCAAGUGUGGAGCCUCAAUCAGGGCCACGCACUCCACAGUUUCAAGGCCCAUUUCUCAUCGGUGAUAUGUAUCCGCAGCCGGCCAGAAGCCCACACCCUGCUAACAGCCGGCCAAGAAGGCCUAAUCAAGGAGUGGAACCUGACUUCAGGGAGUCUGCUGCGGCAGCUAGAACUUGGCGAGGAACUGUGUCAACUCCAGUUUAUUGAUAGCACUACUUUCUCCUGCCAGACUACCCAUUCUUUCUCCUUGCGCAGUCUGCCCUGCUUCUAUAACCUUUUCAAUGUCUGUGGCUCUGCUCCCCAGCAGAUACGUCGGGUCCGCUGUGGCAAUAACAGGUUCCGGAUCCUGUGCGCUACUGAGGAUGGCUUGUUGCGCUUUUUGUCCCCACUAACAGGGAAUCUUCUGGUUAUCACCUGGCCCUUCUCAAUCCUGGACCAGGCUGUGGAUUGGGCCUAUGACCCAGAUAAAGAGGAGCUCUUUGUAGCAACCGGCAGCUCAGAUGUGCUGGUAUUUGACACAACCCGCUGCCCUUGCCCAGCCAAGUAUCUUAUAUGCACCUCACCAGAUUCUCAGGACUUGGUACAAUGCCUGGCUUAUGGGCAUUUCCACCUGGGUCGGGGUCUAGAAGGACUAAUGUUCUCUGGACACCAGAGUGGUGUGAUCAGAGUGCUUUCCCAGCACAGCUGUGCCCAAAUAGAGAAAUUCAUGCACUUUGGGGCUGUAUUAGCACUCUCUACACUGCCUGGAGGGCUUUCUGGUUGCCAAGAAAACUCUUUGCUCUGUUCCUAUGGAAUGGAUGACUAUGUACACCUAUCAGAAGCUGUGCUUGAAGGGGUGAGAGUGCAGCUGCAGCCCCUCGCCAGCAUUCUCAGCAGCUGUCAUCUAACACACUUGAUACUCUUGCCCAAGUCUGUGGGUGCCAUCACAGAGACUAACUGCCUGCGUCUCUGGAAUUUCCAUGACUUUCUGUCCUCUGGGUCACGGGAAGGCUCAACGUUCAUUGAGACAUUGCCUCUGCACCAGUGCACCAUCACAUCUUUUGAUGUCUGCCUAUCCUUGAGUCUUUUUGUCACGGGUGGCAGUGAUGGCUCUGUCCGGAUCUGGAACUUCCAUGGUAGACUUACAGCCAUGCUGGACUCAUCAUUGCACUUUGGCCCACUCUGCUUUGCAAAUGACCGGGGUGACCUGCUUGUCACUUUCAACCAGAGUCUUUAUCUGGUGUCCUGUUUAAAACUGCUUCCCUCAGCCCUGCUGUCUCGCCUUUCCCUUAUGGGUAUGACAGAUGAAGUGCUAGAAGUUCCUAAGCCUUUCAUACCAAGCUUCUUCUUCUCCUUUGAGACCAUGUUUGUGCCCAAGUAUAUCUACUUUGGACAAGGGCAACAGCAAUUAGUGGGUCUGGAGAACCUUGUCAAUAAUCGGGCCAUCGCCUUUGAUCAUAAUGUGCCACAUGUCAUAGAAGAAGAUGAGCAAGGGAGCCCUGUGUUACUGUCUUCCUUCAGACACGAUUCCUUGUAUAAGGAAGCUGAUUGGACGCAGGUGAAAAAACCUCCUCAUUCCCAUUAUGUGCUUCCUCCCCAGCUACAGCUGACUACCUGGGAUGGACUCAACCCUUACCGGAUACUGCGAUACUACUUUGGUCAUGGGCAGAAAUGGCUCUUGGCUCCUGAUUGCUACAUCCCUAACUCAGUGAUUCGUGCCCGUCUUUGGCCACAGGGCAGCCCAAUAUACCUACAGUGCAACCUGCAUUCACCCAUGCGGGAGCUGGAAUGGGACAAGUCUCAACAAUUCUUCUUCUGGCACGGUAGAGCAAGAGCUAUAAGUGAUGUAGGAGAAUAUGCACAUGAAAAGGAGGAUGAAGACUUCCUUGAAGUAAGAGCGUCAAAGGAUAUAACUUACAAUGUUCUUACAGACUCAGCAAACUGCAGUUGGCUGGGAAGAAAGAUGAGUGAAAUAGCUAUCAAUAGCCUGAUAGAGACAAUUCUCAAUAUUAUGAUCCAUGCUUCUCCACUGAAGUACCAGUGCUGUAUUGGUGCACUAGGGCAAAUCUUUGCCUCUUACCAGGUGUCUCCACUCCUGCGCGCUGAAACAGCCCAUCGUCUGUUGGAUGAUACAACCAAUUCCAAUCCACUGAUCCGAGAGCUAGCCUGGGAAGGGCUGAAGCGUCUAGGAAUGAUUACGCAUCUCUUUGCUGUGCCUCUGGCCCAAAGACUAAUGGACAAAGAUGAAAGAGUGAGGAAUAAGGCCCUGAGCCUCAUGGCUGAGACUGGAAUCCACUCUAAGACCUCACUCUUAAACUUGAUCCAGAACCAAGAUACUUUCCGGGAGAUGCAGCAGGAAAUGAUUGGGGAAGAAACCCUGGACCAUCUGCUGGGAAUGCGGGCCACAGAUCUCCAAAUCCUUCAUACCCAAGUGGAGCAGCGAUUGAAUGAAAACCUGAUCUUAUCGCUGGGUGAUGAAAAGCCUACUUUUUCUUUAGAUGUCUCAGGGGCUUCUGAACUUACCGCCCUUUCCAACCAACUUGAUACAGCUCCUGAAGAACCUGAAGUUGCCUACAAGCCCAGCAAAGGCCAAAGACGGGGCCGAGUAGGAGGCAGAAAGCAUACCCAUAAAUUUUUGCAGAGCCUCAAGAAGAUGAAAGAGACUGGCACAGAGCCAGGUCCCUUAGAGGGUGAAGGUGAUCAGAGUGAAGCUGCACCAACUGAGGGGGAGGAGUUUAGGUCUUCAACCUCCAGUAUACUAAAGAUUUCAAAAGGUGAUGAAAAAGAGCCUCCAGGGAUAGAUGCCUCAAAGGAUCAUGUUGCAUUGACCCUGAAGAUGCUGAGGAAGAUACGUGACAAAAGAGGCAGGAAAGCAACACUUCAGAAACCCAUAAAGAGGCGCAAAAGGAAGACAAUAGACACUGAAGUUACAGUUGAGGACCCUCCAUAUCCUAUAAGGAGAGAAUCAGUUGUGAAGCUGGUGAAAGUUAGAGGGCGGGGUGCCUCUGGAGCUCCUGGCCACAGGACUACCCCUGGAGAUGGCUCAUCAUGGCGGGACAAUCUAUGUCAUCUUAUGACCCUGAGGAUAUCUGGUUCCCAGACAAAAAUGUCAGAAGCUCUAAACACUGAGCUAGUGACCAUGGCUCAGGAGGUGCUGGCAGAUCGACAGCCCAGCUGGGAGCUCUUUCAGGAGAUCUGCCCCCUGUUGAAGAAAGAAAGUAAGGAACUGCUUGAGGACCUUGACUGGGAUGUAGCCUGGCCAGAGGAGAAACCAGUUUUUCCUCAUGGAGGAGCAAUUAGAGAGGACAUGGUGAUCAGAGACAAGGAAGAGGAGACAAAAGAGGAGCAAGAGCGAAAGAAAGAAAGGGAUGUGCAGGACUUGUGGGAAAUCCAGGUGAUUCCAAAAAAAGGCAAGAAAAAGAAAGUUGUUUUUUUAGAACCAGACGUAACCAAGGGAAAACGAAUAUCAAAGAAAGAAGAGAAGAAACCCUCUAAGAAGCCUUCUAAGCAGGAGGGGAAAGCAGUCCAGCAGGAAAAAAAAGUGGAUAAAAAAGAGAGGAAAAAAACCAAAGAAGAGGAGAGGGACGUGAGUCAGGAAGUGGGGGAAAAGGCCAAAUUAGAGGAGAAAGUGGUUGAGCAAGAAGGAAGACCAGUUAAGAAAGAGACAAAGCUGUCUUGGCAGGAGUGGAAGAAGUCCUGGGAUCAGUGGAAACAGGCCUACAGAGAGACGAGGAUAUCCUGGGAUGAAUGGAAGAAAACCUGGGAAAGCAGGCAUCUUCAGGAAGAGGAGAAGCUCCAUGAGGAGGAAGAAAAGCUGUUCCCAGAUGAGGAAGAGAUGGAGAGGGACAAGAGAAAGCAGACAUGGGAUGAAUGGUCACAGAUCUGGGAAAAGAUGUCAGCCAGAGCCAGGGAGCAAAUGUUGGAGGAUGAGGAGGAAGUGACCCUGGAGGAAGAAUUGUCUCAGGAGUGGGAAGGAGAAGAAGCAGCAGCAGCAGCAGAAGAAGGAGAAGAGCUGAUGACAGAAGAGCAGAGACAGAUCCACCAGGAAUAUAAACAGGCACAGGCUGAGAGGAAACGGGCCCAAGUUGAAAUAAAACGAGCCCAAGAAAAGAGGAAGCUGGCAGAAGAAGUAGAGAAGCUAGCACAGGAAGAGAGAAAACUGGCUCAGGAAGAGAGAAAAAUGGCCAGAGACUAUGAGAAACUGGCCCAGAAAGACAGGAAAAUGGUCCAGGCAGAGAGGAAGUUUAUCCAGAAUGAGGAAAAACAAGCCCAAAGAGAGGAGAUGCUAACCCAGGAAGCAGAGGAGUUGGCCCAGCGAAGGAAGAAACUGGCCAUGAAAUUGGAGAAACUGGCUCAAGAAGAAGAGAAAAUAGCAAAGAAAGGAGGGAAGCUAGCUGAGGUAAAAAAUAUAUUGGUCCAGAAAUUGGAAAAACUGGCCCAGAAGGAGCAAGAUCUAGCAUGGCAAGAAAAGGAACUAGCCCAGGAAUUGGAGGACCUGGAAUGGGAAGAGGAGGAACUGAAUCAGGAAGAGGAGGAACUGGAAGAGGAGAAACUGGUCCAGGACAAGGAAACACUGGCUGAGGAAAAGGAAAGACUUGGCCAGAAAAGGGAGCAAUUGAUGGAGAAUAAGCAAAAGUUGGCCCAGGAAGAAGAGCUGCUGAUCCAGGAAGAGAAGAAACUGGCUCAGGACAAUGUAAAAUUUCCUGAAGAAGAGGAAAGACUUGGCCAGAAAAGGGAGCAACUGAUGGAGAAUAAGCAGAAAUUGGCCCAAGAAGAAGAGGCAUGGAAACACUGCCUGGAAGCACUCCCCAAAACCAAGGAGAUACUAACCUGGAGGCAGAAGACUCUGGCUCAGGAGGAGAAUCUGGCUCAGGAGAAGGUGAAACUGGCUCAGAGGAAAGAAAAUUUAAUCCAGCUCAAAGAAAGCCUCAUCCAGAAGAGAAAGAAAUCAGACCAAGAAAAGGAGAAACUGGACAUGUACAAGAAGAGACUGGUUCAGAUAGAGAAAAAGCUGAUGGAGGAAAAGGAGAAACUUUUCCAGAAGAAGGAGAAAUUGGCUGCUAUAGAGGAAAAACUGACCCAAUUAGAGGAAAGCCUGGCUGAGAAACAGCACCAAAUAGCCCAGGACAAAAUGAAAUUAGCUAUGGAAAAGAGGGUGAUAUUCCAAGGACUGAAACAGCUCAGAGCUGACUGGUCUAUUACUAAGGAAGAAAAGGCAUUGGGCAUGGAAAUAAAGAAAUUGGCCUGGGAGAAGGUGAGACUGGCUGUGCGAAAGGAAACUCUCUUUAAAAAAGAGACUCAAGAAACUUCAAGACAGGGAAGACCAACUAAGGAUGAACUAGAACUAAUUAAGAGGAAAUUGUCACUAGAGGAAAAGAUACUGGUCUAUGAAGAUAGGAUACUGGCCACAGAGCAAACAGACAUUACCAAAGGAAAACUGGAGUUUACUAGAGGAGGGAGAGUAUGUGCCCAGGAAGAAAGGAAGCUAGCCAAAUUAAUAAGGAAGUUGGCUAAAGAAAGCAAGGGCAUUUCCAAGGAACGAUUAAAAGUAAGCAGCAAAAUCUUAAAGAUACUUCAAGGCCUUAUCAAAAAAGAAAGGAAACUAACCCAGGAAGAAAUAGAGAUGACAAAGUUAAAGAGGUCAUUCUUUACUAAGGAAAAGGAAUUGAACAAGGUACAGAAUGAACUUGAUGCCAAGGAGUGGGAUUUUUCUGAGGAACAACCAGAAAUUGCCACAGAUGAGAAGAAACUGGCUAAGAGGCAGAGAAAACUGGCCAAGGAAAUGAGAAGAUUGAUAAAGAAAGAGAAAAAGAUGACUGAGGAGGAAAGCAGAUUGGCCAGGCAACAGAGAGAAGUCAUACAGGAAGAAGAGGAGGAUGAAAUAACGGAGAAAGAAGAGGCAAAGCCAUUCCUUAAACAAAGGUCACGAAAGAGAAAAAUGCUAAAGAGAGUUGGUUUGCAACAGGAAGAGUUUCUCAGUCAAGAGGAUGAGGUGAAAAGUGUGAAAAGUGAAGAGAGCUUUUCUGAAGAAAUGGAAAGCUUGUUAGAUGAAAUAGAGCGAGAGAGUUUGUCUGAAGAGCAGGAGCAGGAGGAAGAGGAGGAAAUGGAAGAGGAGGAGGAAGAGGAAGGGAAGGAGAAGAAGAAGAAAAAGAAAAUAAAGAAGGUGCAGGAGGAGGAAGAGGAGGAGGAAGUGUUUGAGAAGGAGGAAAGCAUGAGUGAGGAAGAGAUGGAACGUUUGAGUGAGAAAGAGGGGGAGGAAGAGGAGAGAAGCUCAUUGGAAGAAAAGGUAGACAAGAAGAAAGAGAUCUUUAAAAAAGAAAAACUAUUUAAGUUACCAGGAGAAAGAAAAAAGGACUUAAAAGGAAGAGAAGCAGUCCCUUCUAUUGAGAAAAGAAUCCCCGAGGUCAAAGGCAGUGCUAUAAAACUUGAAGUUCUGAAAAGCCCUUCCAAGCAACUGAUCUCAGUAGUUCUGGGGAGGGAAGAGAAGAUACCAGUGCCAGGGUCAACUAAACAAAUAUCCUGGGAAGAUAAGGCCACAGUACUUGAGACGUCCAGGGUAUUCCCAGGGACAGGGUUUAUGGAUAAACAAGAAGAACUGUUGAAGAAAUAUAAGCCCAUACCUCUACAAGUUUUGGAUACAGCUUUGGAGUCCCAAAAGCCUGACUUAAAGACCCCAUAUUUAUCCCACCUAUUGAAGAAGACCAUGGAAGCUCAUAAACUCCAAGGCAAACACCUAGGGGCCAAGUGGCAGUGGCUUCUGCAGCGUCAUCCAUCUCUGAAGGGACAGACUGAGGUACAAUUACCUGUGUCCAAAAUCCUGGCUGAGGAAAUAUAUGCAGACGUCAGUCUCUCAGAUGUAGAGUGGAUCCACCAUGUCCUAGAACAGAUGGAGGCAGGAGAACAGCUUUCUAGGGAUAGUUUCCACAGAUUGUGCCAGCUUCUCAAAGACCUCACUGCAAAGGAAAACUUAGAGUGGAUGCAUCUGGCCAAACUUGAAGCCAUUGUGUACCGUCACAAGCAGAACCUGGAAUCACGAAGCACAAGUAUCUCAAAACCCAGUAAGGAGCCCAUGGGUCCAAAAUACCUGAAAGUGAUCCCUCCUAUAAAAGGAAAGGAAAAGGAAAGCUGGCUAAAACCUUUGGCUGUCUUCACACCGAAGUCCCCAUUAGCUACCAAAAUGAUUCCAGACCUGAAGGCUAUAAAUUGGCAUCUUCUAGGAGAGCCUUACAGGAGUGUGCGGGCAGAGCAGAUAUCCACUGCUCGCAAGGAGAUGGAGAGGCAACACCAUUAUCCUCCAACAAGAGACAUUUUCACAGGUGCCCUUGACCCCGUGGAAAAACAAACCCUAGCACUGAUGUUUCAAAAGGACUUCUGGGCUUUUAAGGAUAAGGGCAGGUUUGCCAAAUUGCCCAAGUUGGAAAAGAAGGCACAGCCCAUCUCUAAAAAAAAGGACAAGGUGCCUCUAUGGGAGACAUUUGUGGCAAUGUACCAUGUUUUGCAGAUGUUGCAGGAGCGAUACGUGAACGACAGUGCUGCUUGGAUGGAACAGUUCUACCGUCUCAUGGACCUGUACCAACUUAAGUCCCCCCGAAUCCAGAGGCUACUACAGGAACUGCUACUGAGAGGGGAACCCCAGUCCCAAAAGAUCAUUUACAAAGAGGCCCUAAAGACCAUGGAGCUAGUUCCUGGGGAGCGGUUGUUCUACCACCUGUUCUGUGGUGGCUGUCACACCCCUAAAGGUCCUCUGGAGUUCCAGGAGGUGGUUCCCCUCCCAGGGAAGAACAGUGUACGUACCAUGCUCCCUAUGGGCAUUGCCCAGUAUGGGAUCUUAGAACUUGCCUGGAAGAGCCUGCCGCAAGCUGAUUUACACCUCACCAAGGAAUUGCCCUACAUCGUUGCUCCUACCCCCUAAUUUGGGACUGAAGGGGCAGAACUUUUC